AUGUAUCAACCAGAUUUAGGUCCUCUUGGACAGCGAUACGAACAGUUACAACAGCGAGAAGCUACAUACGCAGAACUGUUCGAGCUGCUGCGUGUCAUGUCGGAGCCAGACGCCAUCGAGGUGCAUCGUCGCAUACGGGCUGGUGAGGAUGUGGCAUCUAUCGUGAGCAAGGUAAAGAAUGGACAUCUUCUUAUACAACUCUCGCUAGCGGCAGAAACUCGUCGCCAGUACGAGUUUCCAUACUCGUUAUCGAUGCCCGUUCACCUUUCUAUGGCAGAUAAUCCGUAUAUGGAUUCCCUUCUCUAUCAGGCUACAUUAGCACAACCCACUAUCCGCAACGGGGUUUUAGAUGAUAAUGGCCAGGCUCAGGACGUCAACGAUGACAACACCAUUGCUCGACAACAGUCUUCUCAAACAUACAACAAACACUCUUCAAUUGAUAAACAAAACUACCAUAUCACAUAUUUGGUACCAUACCAUGCUGCCCAGAUGGUUGAGCCAAUAGUUGAUAAACUUGGAACAACGCCAUGGACAAGGGUCAUCUCUGAUAAUCAGUUAUUCAGACAGCUAAUCUGCUCUUACUUCUACUAUCCCCAUCCUUGUGGUCCCUUUGCACACAAGGAUCUAUUCUUUGAGGAUAUGGCAACAGGUCGAACCGACUUUUGCUCACCACUGCUAGUAAAUGCCGUAUUAUCAAUUGCAAGUCAAAGCGUGCUUGAGAUUCCGAACAGAUCAAAGAUUUGGCUUCCUGAUUCUCUUACCUGUCGAUUCAUGGCAGAAGCAAGACGACUAUGGGAUAUAGAGUCAUCCAAAGAAAGCUCAAUCACAACCAUACAAGCCGCACUGAUAUUGAGUUAUACCACAACAAAUAAUGGUAUGGACGAGAUUGGUGCUUUUUAUGCGAAACGGGCUUGUGAGAUGGGUAAAGACUUGGAUUUGUUCGGACCAGAUAAGCAUGGAAAAGAUACGAGAUUAGGGAAAGCUCGUCUGUUCACCGCAUGGGGAAUCUUUUCAUGGCAAGCCUUGUUCGAUUACUCUUUCUUUCGCCCACCAUACCUAGAGCAUCCUCCGCAAGCUUCGUUACCAAAUCCUACAGUGGAGCCGCAAUGGUACGGGGAGGUCUGGAUACAGUAUCCUCACAAUCCGACACUCGAUCCGCUCCAUGUUGGAUGUAAAUUGCAGACUGAGGCAGCUUUGCAUGCUAUCAUGAACGAGCUUGGAGCGGUACUGUUUCGAAAACCGUCAAGAUCGCUCACUUUGGGCGAAAUUGCUGUUUUCAAACAGAAGCUCAACGAUUGGAAGAAUACAUUACCGGAACCCCUUCAACCAAAGAAGCUGGUCUUUCCUCUUCACUUGACGUUGCAUGUCCAAUAUCACCAAUUGGUUAUAGCAUUCACAGAAGUCAUCAUCAAGUCUGAAUAUGCAGGUAGCCCCGAUAUUUUGCAUCUACAUGCAGGGAAGGCACCCAUGACAGUAUUGAAUGAGGCUAAAAUAAUGCUUGAGACGGUAAUACGUCUCUACUAUGCCCGGCAUGAUUUCAACUUUUAUGAUCCCUGGGUCGCAUUCGCAUUGAUAGCCAUCGGUAACAUGGUCAUCGGCGACUUGGCCGCUGCAUCUAGCCACGACCCGGACAUUGCGUCCGGCUACCGCUCUACUCUAGUUCUGGCUGCUCAAGGAUUAAAUAAGCAGGGUCUGAAUUACCAUAUCAGUAGGCUCCUUGCUAUUCAACUCCAGAAAGCUAUGGAUCCCAAGGAUUUGCAAUUGGUCCAGACGCAUACUACCGCUGCGUACAUAGGAGAGGAUGAACAAGCUCUGAUUGUGGAGCAUUCGCACAGCCAUUGGCCAAUACCCGGAAUGGCUAGAAUCGACGAGGACCCGGAAAAAAAAAGGUUGAAGAAUUUGAUAGUUGGGGUUGAUGACCUCCAAAUAUAG